UGUUUGACAGAAGAAUCAAAGAAAAAAAAUCCCAUAGACUAUUAAAUAAAAUAGACUUACAAAAUAUAAAUGACAGUAGUAGAGUUCAAUCAUAAAUGACAUUUCGUAAAUAUUUUGAUUGGUAAAAAAAUUUAUAACAACAAAAUUUAUUUAUGCCUGAAAAUGGCUGAGUUUCUAUCCGAAAAUAAUUUAUGCGGACAAAAUAUUCUUCGUUUAGUAUCACGGGGUAAUGCUAUCAUUGCAGAAUUAUUGAGAUUAAAGAAUUAUAUACCACCGGUGUUUAAAUUACAGACAAAAUUCGAACAACAAAAAUAUGGAGAUAUCAUUUUAGAUUUUAAAUACCUGAAAUCAUCUGAUUAUUAUGAUAAAAAGAUUGAAGAAGAUCCGGUUUUACAAGAAUUGGAUGAACAAUUUAGAGAAAAUUACUUGCCAACAGUUAGACGAUUUUAUCUUGUAUUUGAAAAUAUACACACUUAUGUUUGUGAUUUGAAUCAUUUCUUAGAAGAAUUAGAAGAUGGUUUUUAUAUGCAGCAAUCUCUUGAGACCGUUUUAUUGGAUUUUGAAGGAAAACAAUUAUUGUGCGAAGUUCUAUACUUAUAUGGAGUUAUGCUACUGAUCGUUGAUUUACAUAUCGAGGGAAUCGUUCGAGAACGUUUGCUAAUAUCAUAUUUACGAUACAGUGGACAACGAAAUAAUUCUAGUAGUAAUGUUGAUGAUGUUUGCAAAUUAUUACGUUCUACAGGAUUUGUUAGUAAUCCUACGAGUGGGAAAAGACCAGCAAAUUAUCCUGAAAAUUAUUUCAGUCGAAUAAAAAUCGAUCCCGUAUUUAUAGACAUCGUAAUUGGUCGUUUACGAAACGAUGAUAUAUACGGUCAAAUCGCAACAUAUCAAUUACCCGAGCAUCGAAACACUGCCUUAGCAAAUCAAGCAGCCAUGUUAUAUGUUUGCCUAUUUUUUGCACCAAAUAUUCUACAUAGUCAUACAACAAAAAUGCGAGAAAUUGUUGAUAAAUUUUUCCCUGAUAAUUGGAUUAUUUCCAUUUAUAUGGGUAUCACCGUAAAUUUAAUUGACUCGUGGGAAUGUUAUAAAGCAGCAAAAAAUGCAUUAUCAAAUACGUUGGAUUCAUCAAAUGUGAAAGAGCAUGCUAGCAGAUAUGGAGAGAAAUUGAAUAAAUUAAUAAUUGAAACAAAAAAUGUGUUAAAAGAAGGUGCACUAACCGAAGAAAUAUUAAUUCACAACGUUCAUAAAAUAAUAAAUUUAGUACGAGAAUGUAACGUAACAAUUCGAUGGUUAAUGCUUCAUACGUCGAAUACAUCCUUACAAUUCGAAUUCAGUAAAAAAUCGAAACAAACUUCGGAUCAAAUAUGUAGUGAUUCAAAUUACGAACCAUUAAAAUUAUUCGAAUUACUAUUAAACACUAGUCAAUUCGAAUUGAAAAUUAAAGAAAUGUUUAAGAAUUUGUUACUCUUAAAAGAUGAAAAAUGGGAGAAUUGUAAAAAAGAGAGUAUUGAUCGUAUAUUAGAAUUAGCGGAUGUAUUUAGUGGUUCGAAACCAUUAACACGAAUCGAAAAAAAUACAAAUUUACAAACUUGGUUCACGGAUAUUGCAAAACAUAUUGAAAAUUUAGAGAAUCAUGAUGUACGGAAAAUUGUACAAUUAAUACAAGCUUUGGAAGAAGUCCAAGAGUUUCAUCAAUUGGAUACAAAUUUACAAGUUAAACAAUUUUUAGCUGAUACCAGAAAAUUUUUACAUCAAAUGUAUCGUACGGUUAAUAUUAAGGAGGAUGUAUUAAUUAAAUUACAAAUAAUUAGUGAUUUAAGUUAUGCAUGGAAUAUUAUUGAUAAUUAUACUAUUAUUAUGCAAAAAGGUAUCAAAAAUGAUCCAUCAUUGGUGAUAAAACUACGUGCUUUAUUCAUGAAACUAGCAUCCGCUUUAGAAAUACCACUAUUACGUAUCAAUCAAGCGCAUAGCGAGGACAUGGUCUCUGUAUCACAAUAUUACAGCAAUGAUUUAGUGUUAUAUGUAAAAACUGUUUUACAAAUCAUACCAGAAACAAUGUUUGGUAUAAUGGCGCGUAUUAUUAAUUUACAAACGAAUGAAAUAAAAGAGCUACCCACACGAUUGGAUAAAGAUAAAAUGAAAGAUUACGCACAAUACGAUGAACGUUUUGAAGUUGCUAAAUUAACACAUUCAAUAUUUGUAUUUACUGAAGGUAUGCUAAUGAUGGAUACUACUUUGGUGGGUGUUAUCAGUAUUGAACCACGUCGAUUACUAGAAGAUGGUAUACGACGUGAACUUAUUAAAAAUGUAUCACAAGCAUUUCAUAAUAAUUUAAUGUUUAAUCCAAAAUCAAAAGGAACAGAAUUAGAAACAAAAUUAGCUACGUUAGCGGAAAUUAUUGAUGGAUAUCGAAGAUCGUUUGAAUAUAUUCAGGAUUAUGUGAAUAUAAAUGGUUUAAAAAUUUGGCACGAAGAAAUAUCAAGAUUGAUGUCGUAUGCAGUCGAACAGGAAUGCUUAUUAAUUACUCAAGGAUGUUAUUUUCAAGAUUGGGUAAUGAAUUUUGGUGAUUUUACCAACGAAUAUAAUAUUGUAUUAUCUCCAAGCACAGAUACAAAUUCAGCAAAUUUUAUGGGUUCUUUAGCUAGAGAAAUAGAAAAAUUUGUUAAUCCAAGGAAUACCAUUUAUUUGAAUUCAACUGUAUCGUGGUACGAUUAUAAGACACGAAAAGAAAUAGUUAAUUUAAAAUUUUUUUCGAACUUAUUAAAGUCGAUGGCGCCUUGUGGUUUAGCCGGUUUAAGCCGAAUAUAUUCAUUUUUAAUAUAUAUUGAACUUCAAAAGUGUAUGGGUUUAUUCCAAAAUUUAAUCUUAAAGGAUAAAGUAUUGGUUGGACUACUAGAAAAUGUGAAAAAUGAUUUGGAAAAUAAAUUAAAUCCAGCUAAAUUUAUUACUAACUAUUCGAUAAUCGUAUCAAAAAUUGGUGUACAAUUACAUAAUCAUAUUUUACGGAUUGGCAGUUUACAAUUGUUACGUAAACAUAUUGCGUAUGAAUUGCAUACGUCAAGUAAAUUUGACUCAAAAGAUUUGGAAUUAACAUUUUCCGCAUUAAAUGACUCAUUAUUAGCUGAUAUUAAGGCACAUUUUGAGGAUCCUGAUAAAAACAAAUAUCCGAAUGAAGAUUUUCUAUUCGAAAUAGCAAAUUUAUUAGAAGGAAUUGGUCUACAUAAUCCAUUAGAAAAAAUUUAUUUAACAACAAAAAAUAUUGAACAUAUUUCAACAAUUUUAUUCUUGUUUGUAAUUUCACAAUUGCCAAAAUUAACGUAUGUUAAAAAUAUUGAUGGCAUAGUGGCUAAAAAAAUAGAUCAAACAGAUGGAAUUCCAUUUUUAAUUGGAACCCAAACUAUAUUAAAACAAUUUCGAUUUUCCAUAACAGAACAAUUCAUCGAAUAUAUUUCAAAGUACUAUUUAAUUAAUAUUGAAAACUUUUUAAAGAUAAAAACAGGAGAAAUGAAUCCAGACACCGUGGUUUUACAUAGCUUUAUAGAAAAUUAUUUUUAUUAUGCAUCUGAUGCAAAAGAAAUUUCCAAGAAAUUCAUUCCACAACCUAUUUUAGAUCAAUUUAAUUUCUUGGUUACAAAAGUGGCCUAGAAUAAUUGAAUAUUGUAUU